AUGGCGACCGAAGUACAGCAAACGCCGUUUGUUAAACAGCUUGCUGCCAAUGACAGACCAACCCGCGAUGCUGCCGUCGCAUCCCUCCGCACCUAUCUCUCUGGUCGGCGCGAGCUGCCUCAUCUCGAGCUCAUGAAGCUCUGGAAAGGCCUCUUCUACUGCAUGUGGAUGUCCGAUCGACCGCGUACACAGCAAGCCCUCGCCAAUUGUCUCGCAGACCUCGUGGCCGCGCUGCCCUCCGAGAGCACUAUCCCCUUCCUGCGCGCCUUCUGGCAGACGAUGCAGAGGGAGUGGACGAACAUCGAUGUGUUGCGCAUGGAGAAGUUCUUGUUACUGACGAGGAGGUAUCUGGGGGCGACCUUCAAGGCGAUGGCCGAGAAGGAGUGGGGCGACGAGUUGGUGAAUGCGCACAUGGAGUUGUUGGCAGAGGUGCCAUGUAAUGUCGAGGAGGUACGGGUGCCGAAUGGGCUAAGGUUCCACGUUAUCGAUAUAUAUGUGGACGAGUUGGAGAGAGUGGGCGUGUUGGGGGAGGAAGGGAAGGAGGAAACGGUGGAGAGAUUAUUGGGACCAUUGAGGGCAUUGGCGAAGCAAAGCCCAACGAAGCCGGUGAGAGUAAAGGCCAAAGAGGCGUUGGAAGAUGAGAGGUUACCAGGUAAUGCUAAGGUGAACGCCGAGGCAGAAGAAGAUGCGAAGGAGGAGGAUGCUUGGGCUGGGUUCGAGGACUGA